AUGUCCACACAAUCGGCUCCUUCAGUAGGCAUCGAGUUUACCAAAGUACGAAGUGUCAAAGAUGCAUUGACACUUGCUUCAUCACAAAAAUAUGACUUUCUUGUAGUACCAAUUAUUCGUAAACAAUACGGAACAGAUCUAUUGACCAACUAUGGAUCAAAACAAUCAACAUGGCCAGCAAUCGCCAGUCGAUUAAAAGGCGUUGGCGAAAGUGCUGAUAUGUCAACAGCACUUGUCGCUCUCAUUCGACAUGUUAUUGAUGUUGACUCAUCAAAUAUUCAUAUACGAAAUAAAGCUACGAAAUUACUUCAAGAAGAGCUAGCUGCUGCUCAAUAUUUUAGUGUCGCACGUGUUAUCAUUCGUAUUCGAAACGGAAAUAGUACAAAUCUAAUUCGUAUUGCUGCUAGUACACUGAAUACAUUAUAUUUUGCUUAUUGGUUUGUUUUUCCAACAUGUGCAUCAGGUAAUUUUGAUGACGACAGUGAAGCAGAAUUGCAACCUUGGCUUUGGUGGAAUAAAAUCUAUAAAUUACUAGACUACCAUGGAAAAGUUUAUCCAGUAUUAGAAUUAUCGGCUGAUGUACCCAGUGAACAAGCUCAAAAACGUUGGUUAGGUGAACCAGUACGAGCUGUUAUAUUACCAACAAAAAUUUUUACGACGAAUGCAAAAGGUUUUCCCGUUCUUUCACCUGCUCAUCAACUUUUUAUAAUAAAAUUAAUUAAACUUAAAGUUCAAUUUAUUAUCAAAGGUAUUAAUCCAAAUGAUUCAGCACUAUUCGAACCUUAUUUACAAUAUCUUAAAUAUAUCACGCGCCAAACAGAGCCGACUAAUCGUGUACUUGAAGCAUUUACACAUGGUUAUGAAGAUCGACUACAAGUGCCACUGCAACCAUUGGCUGAUAAUCUUGAAUCACGUACAUAUGAAAUAUUUGAGAAAGAUCCAAUAAAAUAUGUUCAAUAUGAAAAGGCUGUUUAUCAAGCCUUAAUCGAACGAUAUGAUCCAAAAACAACUGUAAUCAUUAUGGUUGUCGGUGCCGGUCGUGGUCCAUUAGUUAACCGAGCACUUGAAGCAGCUGAUCGAGCCAAAUAUAAAGUACAUAUUUAUGCAGUCGAGAAAAAUCCUAUGGCAAUUAUUUCUCUUUAUGCUCAAAAACAAGAAUGGGCCGAUCGUGUGACGAUCAUUCAUCAAGAUAUGCGUUCAUGGCAACCAGAAUGUAAAGCUGAUAUUAUGGUUAGUGAAUUAUUAGGUUCAUUUGGUGAUAAUGAACUAUCACCGGAAUGUUUGGACGGAGCACAACGUUACUUAAAAGACGAUGGAAUUAGUAUUCCUUAUGCUUACACUUCAUUUAUCAGUCCUGUACAAUCACCGCGUAUAUUUUCAGAAUUACUUUACAACCGAGAUGCCAAUAAACCUUAUUACGCUAAUUUUGAAACACCGUUCGUUGUUUAUUUACAUAAUUGCUUUUUCUUGGCUGAAACUAAACCAUUAUUUACUUUUUUACAUCCAAAUUUUGCGACUCCUAUAGAUAAUUCAAGAUACGAGGAAGUAGAAUUCACGAUACCAGCAACAGGUACUAUGCAUGGUUUAGCGGGUUUUUUCGAAGCAAAAUUGUAUAAAGACAUAACUAUUAGCAUUGAACCCAAUACACACUCAAAGAAUCUAAUAAGUUGGUUUCCAAUGUUUUUUCCGAUUCGAGAACCGGUGACAUUACAAGCUAAUUCGAAAAUAAAAGUUAACUUUUGGCGUUGUUGUUCAUCAUCUCAAGUAUGGUAUGAAUGGACAGUUAUUGAGCCUACAACAUUGCCUAUACAUAAUCCUACUGGCCGAUCAUUUUCUAUUGGAAAAUAA